GCAGGGCUUUUCUCUUUGUAAGCAGAGAAUGCGUGGAUCCAUGAAGUCGCUGGUUCGACCACUCGUGGGGGAGCGGGGGUUUUCGACGAUCUCCGAGAAAAUUGUGGCCUCCGUACUGUUAGAGAGAUUACCCGUCGUGAUUUCCAAAUUGGAUCCCGUGGUUUAUGCGUUUCAGGAGUUCUCCUUUCGAUGGAGGCAGCAAUAUCGACGCAAAUAUCCUGAUGAUUUUUUGGACAUGUCUAAAACUAGGGGAAAAGGUGACUACCAAAUUGACUAUGUUCCAGCUCCAAGGAUCACUGAAGCUGAUAAAACAAAAGACAGAAAGUCAUUGCAGAGGGCACUUGAUAGAAGAUUGUAUCUUCUUCUAUAUGGUAAUAGCAAUGGAGCUCCUAGUAGGAAACCUGUGUGGCAUUUUCCAGAGAAAGUUUAUGAUUCUGAGGAGACAUUGCGCAAGUGUGCUGAGUCUGCCUUAGAAUCUGUACUUGGAGACCUUUCUCAUACUUACUUUGUAGGAAAUGCUCCAAUGGGGCAUAUGGUUAUAAAACAGACGGAGAACAUGCCUGAACCAUACAAGAGAUUCUUCUUCAAGUCUCAAGUGAUUGAUACCAACAAGUUUAAUAUCCAGAAGGGCGAGGACUUUGUCUGGGUGACCAAGGAUGAACUCUUGGAAUAUUUUCCUGAACAAGCUGAAUUUUUCAAGAUGAUGAUUAUCAGCUGACGGCAAAUUGCUCUGCUUGGUUUCCAAGCCGUACAGUCUUUCCUUGUAACUUUGAAGUAGAGCCCACUUCAGAAGUUCAAUCCGAGACGAUACAACCGAACAUCUGAACUUGAGUUAAUUCGGCGAAAUAAUGAAAAGCUCAUUGGCCAAGGGAUGGAUUGACUUGUCCAACAUUUUCGAUUUGUUGGU